AUGCCUUCCCAAACUUCUACUCUCACUUUCCUCACUCUGGCUCUCGCCGCCGCAACCUCAGCGGUAGCUAUCCCAGUCGAGGCUCUUCCCACCACCAUCACCCCUACCUCUACCUCUACCACCAGUUCAGUCCCCACCACUUCAGUCCUCACAAGCUCCAACAUCGUGGCUCCUGCACCUUCUUCUACAGGUGAAGCCCCACUCGAGACCCCGGACUGGAACUGGGCUGCCGGCACCCUCGCCCUCAUUGAGAGGGCUGCUCUCGGAGACUCCACUUCCUUCGCCAACCGUCGCGUGGGUGACGCGGACAACAAGGCGGACGAUUCCAGCGUCAAAGACAAGGAAACCGAGUCUGACUUCAAGGAAGAAGAGAUUGCUCCCACACCAUCUUCCACUGCUAUUCCAACCGAAGCUUUGGCCUGGGACUGGGCCGCCGCCGCUCUCGCUUUCAUGGAGAGCAACGAAUUCGGAGACGCCACUUCCUUCGCCAACCGCCGUGUAGGCGCUGAAAGCGAAAAGGAAGACGAGUCCAACGCCAUCGAGGAGACCAAGGGAGGAGAAGAUGCCAAGCCCCUCGACGAGGCCGCCAAAGAGAGCAUCGGAAACCUCCGCCGCCCCUCCUUGCCACUCCAGACUGCGAGCCCCGAGAAGGAGGAGCAAAUCAAGCCCACCAAGAGCAACGCGGACUUUACCAUCCUGACGCAGACGAGCCUCCUCACCACCGUUGCGACUCCAUCGGUCACGGCUCAGACGCCCACCUCUACUACAACAAUGGAGGUUGAGCCUACCAAGGCGGGCAUGUAA